AUGGAAGACCAGGCUACUUUUGUAGAAUUAGGAUUGGAGGAACAGUUAAAUGUGGUCCUUGGUCAGACCCCGGAAACUGCAGAUACCAUUCUCUGGGAGCAUCAGUCCAAGGACACACCAGGAGGAAAAACGGCCGGAUCUUUCCCAGUAUUCUCACUUCGGACGUCCUUUGUCUUGAUACAUUUGGUGUUAUCUUCUGUUUCAGGCCCUAGACACUGGUGGCCACCACAUGGAAUUAUUAAGGUGAAAUGUCCGUAUGAGAAAGUAAAGUUGAGUUGGUACAAUGGAACAGUCAACCCCUGCCCUGGCUUAUAGCAACCCAUCUGUGGUACCAAUUUUAUAACCUAUGAUAAUCCCUGCAUCCUGUGUGUUGAGAGCUUGAAAUCUCACGGAAGAAUCAGGUUUUACCAUGAUGGAAAAUGUUAG